ACCAAUAGACUAGUCUUGUCCGGACUGAUGGCACUGAACGAGUUGCUUCUGCUUUUCCUUCCUAUUGGGACCUACGCUUAUAUUUCCGAGUCAUGGGCAAUGCUCACUUCUGAUCGACCCUCCUCACCAAAAUGUGUGGACAUACCCAGAAACUUGACGCUUUGUUACGGUAUACAAUACUCAACAAUGCGUUUGCCAAAUUUGUUGGAGCAUGAAACAGUGGAUGAAGUAAUAGAGCAAGCAGCCCCGUGGAUACCGUUACAUCGAUUAAAUUGUCAUCCGGAUACACAGUUAUUCCUAUGUUCCCUGUUUGCACCAGUUUGUCUGGCAACAAUGGACCGCGAAAUACUACCCUGUCAGUCCUUAUGUACUGCUGUCCAACAGGGAUGCGAAAACAGAAUGAGGCAAUAUGGUUUUCCUUGGCCAGAAAUGCUAUCCUGCAAUAAAUAUCCGAAGGAUAACGACAUGUGCAUUGGCGCUGUCUCGGGGAAAGCAACAAACCUUAGUGAUACGUGUUCAUCGUGCAGUCAGGUCAGCACAUACGAGAAUAUACUCGAUCAUUAUUGUCGAUCUCAAAUAGUAGUGAAAGCACGAAUCGGAGGCAUCAAUAAAUCAUACGUGAGCGUGCGAAAGGCACGAUCGCUCAAGAGGUCUGAUCGGCGCAGAUCGGUAGGUCGAGAUACGAUCAUUCAUUUUUCUGCUAAUCGCAGGUGCCCUUGUCAUUUCAGUGGAACAGGAGACCUACGUUUCCUCAUCAUGGCGGAUCAGAAUGACAGAGGCGAUUUUAUUGCAAAUCUGAUACUGCCCUGGAGAAACACCGACAAGUCCUUCAAGCGAGCCAUUCGAAGCUUCCGUAAACUGAAUUGCCAAUCCCUAGGAAGGGAAAUAAGAGAAAGUGCUUAUCGCCGAAGCCUUCAUCGUAAAGGCCAUUGAACAUUGUUGUGUUUUUUCUAUAAUCACAAAUAUAUCGCAAAAUCUCUUCCACCUUAUACCUAUGAGCCUUUUAUUAUCCACGAAACACCUGUGCAAAAAUAUUUUUUUUGUUCUACUCAUUUCCUCGUGCAUGUAGGUGUAAAC